CACUAAGCUUGACUAUUAUACGCGUGAAGGGCUCACGAAGAAAUAUGUGACGUGCAGUGUUUCCCUUGUUUUAUUUAUUAAAAUUAACAUGUUUAAACAAAGAUGUGUUUUACAUUUCAUGUUUUUAUUUCUUACAAUAAAUUUUAUAAGAUCAGAAGAAAAAAACGACGAGAAAGAUGUUAGAGAGAAGAGACAAAUAAAUAGUUUACCAUUAGUAUAUCCAUAUGGAGGAACUUAUAAGCUAUUGAUCGGUUUCGCAGCUCCAGUACCAAAUGAUGAUCACAUAAGUUUAGUAUUUGCGAUCAAUUUUCAAUAUCAAUACGUCCAAUUCACGAAUAUAACUGAAUUGUCAAGAUACUACUUCAUCAAGGAAGUGUCGAGGGAGGAAAGGGACGCGGACCUGGAAUCGCGGCGUGAUGAACGACUCAUCUUCUACAAAUCAGUGAGCAAUAUGUUGCAAAUGAAAGGUAUGAAUGGUCAAGAUUGCGUCCUGAGAGCGAUCUGCGAGGCUGCUCAAUACCCGGUAGAGGAAGAGGCACUCAUUGGCGAGAUCCUACAUAUACUUUUAACACCUGACUACGGGCAUUCGCCAUUCGAGAACAAAGACCUGGACUGGGAGGAAGCUAUGUCCUUGUAUAAGGAUGCGGCGACCGCAGGACGGCAGAUGUUCAACUGCGGAUAUAUAUACAGCGGCUGUCCACAGGGACAGGGCGUGCUCGACUUGAUCACAACGCUUAGAGACGAAUAA